AGAAGGCGGCGCGUACAAAACACACGUAUUGAAGUAUAUACAUACAUAUGUUUAAAGUUUUCUCCGCCAAUUUAGAUUAGGUUUUAUAUAGCAGAUGUUUGUGAAGUGAUUUGGCGGAGCAUUUAAAAACAUACACACAAAUAUAUAUGUACAUACAUACAUAUGCAUAAUUAUUUUGAAAAAUAUGUCUGAGAACAUUAAAUUCGAAGUGACCAAUGAAAAAGCUCACAAAAUUCCAGUGAAAUCACAUAAUAAUGCAAAACACGAUGUGCGCUUUGAAAUAACUGAUAAUUUAAAACACGAUCGCGUUCGUUUCAAAAAUAACUCUCACGCAAUUGAAGUGCCAACACAUAAUUCACACAAAAUUGUGCCAAAAAAUACAGUAAUAAAUUUAAAAGAAAAUCCCAAAAAUAUAUCAAAACUUUUAACAGUUAAUGACACAAAAAACGAUUUUGUCAUACAAAUUAAAAAUGACACGAAGCAUAAACGAAGAAGUGAUUCAAAGCAUCCAUCCACACAUGCGACGCUUUCGAAAGCCGAAUCUAAAAGCUCUUUGAGGAGCGAUCAUAAAAUUUUAAUAAAGUCAGACUCAAAAUCAACAUUGCGUAGUGUCGAAUCAAAAAGUGAUUUGAAAUCACUCUCUGGCACAUUGCCCAGACGAGAAUCAAGCGACACUGUGAAAGGUAACAGUUUGAAUAGAACACUACAGAAAGUGGAUUCCAAAUCGACGCUUAAAAGUGAAACGAUCUCUACCACAGACGCCCCAAGUAGCAACAGCACACAGACGAAAAGAAGUCUUGAAUCAAUGACUGAUGAGGAGAUAAUAGAGGAGAAUCUGAAGGAGUUACUGGAACACAAAAAUCACGAAGAACGUAAAGCAAAUGGAAGAGUGGUUGCGCUCGCUUUGGCAUUUCUGGUCAUAUUCAUUGCUCUCUAUAAUUUUUAUCUAAAACCAUGGUUGAGCGAUACACAAAAGGAUUUCCAUCUGACUGGAAUUUUGGGGCCGCUGCUAAUUAUGAUUGCUUAUGGUGGAUGGGUAGCAUUGCUGGCGAAGCGUGAUAAACAGCGUCAAGUGUUAUUUGAACAACAUUUGGAAGAAGUUAUGGAACGAAACAAAAUUGAGUUGGCGAAAAAGGCAAAAUUGCUAAAGAAGAAGAAGAAAAUGGAAGAUGAACAACGCAAAGCGAAUGAGAAAGUCGCAAAGCAACAGCGGCUUGGCAGUCAUCGUCCCAGUUUUCGAGAGAAGCUGUUCGGUCCGCGGACGCCGGCGCUGCAGCCUUCAACUAAUUUUCUGACAAUUGCAGUCACUGCGGCGGCACCUUCGCAAAUUGUGGUGGAAUCAAAGAAGAAUCGAUUGGAACGUAUGGAUGCCUUAGUGCUACCUCAUCCGCCUGUGCGUACAGGUUCAGCGCCAUAGUUGGCAAACAGGCGUGUUCACAAAUGAGAGAGUGCCAAUAUGCUCUGGCAGGAAGUCAGUGCAACUAUGAAAAAUGUUACCAAAAACAUUUAAAAUGGGAAUUUUAUACAUUUGAAAUUUUACACAACAUUUCAAUAUAUAUAUAUAUAUAUAUAUUUAUCGAAUGCUGUCUGUUUAUCUUUCAAAUGCGCAUCUCCUACAUUUCUAAUUUGUUCAUUAAUUUAGAUUUUUAUUUUCAUAAACACAAACAACUGUAGAUACACCCGUAAAAAUUUACUAAACAUAUAUACAAAUCUAUAAAUAAACCUCUUUGAACAAAAAAUCGAAAAUUAUAUUUUAAAUUUAUCCUCAGUUAACCUUAAUCUCCGUCCAUUUCAUAUUUUGUUUUAUGCACGAUCUUUCGUGGGGAUCAGUUUGGCUUAAACCUAUUUCUAAGAACGAUCACCUCGUUAAUCAUCAUAAAUUUACAUGGGUAUGUUUGGAUAUGUAUAUGUAUAUGUAUAUUUGUUGUAUGUAGCAAAUCAGUAUUCUUAAAGUGCAUUUAC